AUGGAACUCAAUCCGGAGAUUGGUAUAAAAGGUCUUGGAAAGAUGAAGAAACUUAGGUUUCUUUCACUAGUUCUCACACUUUCCCCUUUUUCGGAAUUUAAUAUAGUAAAUCAAGACUUUCCAAAUGCUUUACAAUAUCUGCAAGUGGAAAAUUACCCUUUUAGGUCUUUACCCAAAACAUUCCAAGCAAAUAAUCUUGUUGCACUUGAGAUGACAUACAGUCACAUCGUUCAACUUUGGGAAAAGGGGGAAAGAAAGGUUCUUAACAAGAUGAGAUUCCUUGACCUCAGUUUUUCAAAGUUGAGUACCUUUGACCUUGGGCUUACCCCAAAUCUUGAAACCUUGACUCUUAAACAAUGUUCUGAUUUGGUAGAACUUCACAUGCCCAUUAGAUGCUUACAUCUCAUCUACAUCAACCUCAUACAUUCAAAUUUGAGGACCCUUGACCUUGGUUUGGCUCCAAAUCUCAAGACUGUGAUUCUUGCUGAAUGUUGUAAUUUGGUAGAACUUCACAUGCCCGAUAGAUGUUUAAAUCUCAGGUCCUUACUACUCUCUGAUUCCAAGUUGAAUACCCUUAACAUUGGGCUGACUCCAAAUCUUGAGUCUUUAGAUCUUAAAAAUUGUUUCUAUUUGGAAGAUUUUCACAUGGCUGGUGAAUGUCUAAAGCUGACCAAGCUCGACAUUAAUCAUUCAAAGUUGAGGACCCUUGACCUUGUGAUGAUUCCGAAUCUCGAGAAUUUAGAUCUUGAUAGUUGUUAUUUUUUGGAAGAACUUCACAUGGCCGAUGAAUGUGAAAAGCUCACCAAUAUAGAAAUUAGUUAUUCAAACUUGAGGAUCCUUAACCUUGGGUUGACUCCAAAUCUCAAGACGUUACAUCUUAAAGAAUGUAGUAAUUUGGUAGAACUUCACACUACCAUCUAA